UUAGGGUUCCUUGCGGGAUUUAGGGUUUUAGCAAUGCCGCGGACGUCGACGCUGGAGCCUCCGGGAUGCCCCGCGCAGCUCCGCGCCAUCUGCUGCGAUGCGCUCGGGUUCGUGAAAGUUGUCGAAGCGCGCGGCGAGAAUGGGGCAGAGAAUGGGCCGCUUGAUGUUGUCGCGCGAUGGGGCCAGCCUGGCGCUGGAAUCUCAGCGAUUUCCUACUCGAAUUCCAGUAAUAGGUUAGCAGUGGCGAGGAAAUCCGGAGAUAUAGAAAUCCUCGAGUCCACGGAUGGAAGUAUCUGCGCACAACUAGCCUCUUUAAACUUAGACGCCAAAGAAAGAGAGAGUGAUGCCAUAUCCGGUCUCCAUCUCUUCAGGGAAGAUGGUCCGUGCGGACAAUCUGUGUUGAGCUGCAGUAGAAAUGGUGACGCAGCGUUGCGAGCUUUUGGCGACGAGGGUCCUCCGUCUCCAGUAUCGAGAUGGAACGUAUGCAAAUCUGGAGACGUUCUAUCCAUGAGAGUGCACAACAGCGAAAACGUUGCGUCGUUCGGAGGCAACCGGGUGGAAUUGAGUCUCUGGGAUCUCGAAAGCAGCUCGAAAGUCUGGGAAGCGAAGAAGCCCAGACCAAACAAUAUCGGAUUGGUAUCGCUACCUUAUGUCACGGCCUCUACGUUUCUUCUCAGGGAUGACCAUCGCAAGCUGGUAAUCGGGACAGGAGACUAUCAGGUUCGUUUGUAUGACGUCCACGCUCAGAAAAGGCCGGUUGUAGCGGUAACGUUCAAAGAAUCUCCUAUCAAAGCUGUAGCUGAAGAUCCAGAUGGUUUUACGGUCUAUGUGGGAAACUCGACCGGUAGUAUGGCCUCGUUUGACAUGCGAACUGGAAAGCUCCUGUCAGGAUUCAAGGGAAAGCUCGCUGGAAGUGUUCGAUGCAUUGCAAGGCAUCCUUCACUGCCUUUGAUCGCGUCUUGCGGCCUGGAUCGGUUUCUGAGAAUUCAUGACAUUCGGAGCAGGCAAUUACUCGGAAGGAUUUUUCUGAAACAACCGCUGGUGGCUGUGGUUUUCGAUGAUCAAGCAAAGACAUCCGAGGAGCCCCUCCUAACAGCGAGCCAGGAGCAAUCGCAAGGCAAGAGGAAGCAGAUCGAGAACGAGGUAGACUACAUGGACAAAGAAGACGACGAGGACGAAGAAGAAAAGCCCAGAAAGAAGAAACCAAAGAAGCACAAGAAACCCAAGAGGAAACAAGCUGGCAAAGAUGAUGAAGCCACAGAUCUCGCCGAAGACGAGUCUCCAGCGAAGAAGCUCAAAGAGCUCAAGAAGCUAAAGCGGAAGCAAAACGGCGAGACAAGCGAACCAAAGAAAAAGAAGAUCAAAGACACGACCAGCGAGAAACCCAACGACAAAUCUACAAACAAGAAGAAGCGAACAAGAGGACAAGAGUAGGAGCAACGAGAAAUACACCCUUGUGUUCUAGAAAAUUUUCCAGUAGCUACAGAGAAGCUAGCAAUCCAACCGACUGACCCUUAACGAUCGAUUGGAUUGUAGCACCGAGGCUACCGCUUCUUGAAUCCAUAUUUCUUGCGCUCGUA